AUGGAUCACGACGGCGGGGCUUCUUUGGCUGUGGCCGAGGAGAGCGCAUGGACCAGUGUAGAUGGCGGCAUGGACGACCCUGAAGAGAUCCGGGUCAUCUUUUGCGCGCUGGACUCGUUUGCACAAUACGCCAAAGUCGCCCACUUCAACGUCACUCAUCUUCGUCGCCGGUCCUUCUAUGCCCUGCCCCAGGCCCAUUGGAAGCUCCUCGCCGCGCCCCCCUUCAACUUCCUUGACACGCUGGAAAAGGUCGAUGAGGCUAUCGACACAAACGCCACUCUGGCUCGAGCCAUUCUCAAGUCGGGGCUGGUGUCCUUCAAUGCCCUCGAUCCCGCUUCGUCAGAUCACGGCCAACCAGUCAUGCCGCAUGAAUGGGCGGGGGUAGCCAAGCAUGCAGACAUUGACAAGGCGAGGAGCACUCUCCGCCAGUUCUACCGCGACUGGACGGCCGCCGGCGCAGAAGAACGGGCCGCGUCCUACGGCCCAGUGAUGAAGGCCCUUGAACAGGAGAGGGCAAAAGCCCCGGAGGGCGAGCGCUUGAAAGUGCUGGUCCCCGGCGCAGGACUGGGAAGGCUGGUCUUUGAACUAUGCCGGGCUGGCUACGAGGCGGAGGGCAACGAAAUCUCCUACCACCAGCUGUUGGCAUCGUCCUUCAUCCUCAACGAGUGCGAAAGCGCCGAGCAGUACACCAUCUACCCCUGGAUCCACACAUUCUCCAACCACAAGACGCGAGAGAACCACCUCCGGAGCUACGCCGUGCCCGACAUCCACCCGGGCACCGCCCUGAUCAACGCCCCCAACGUCGGCUCCAUGUCCAUGUGCGCCGCCGACUUCCUCUGUCUCUAUGGUGAUGAUGAGCACAAGGAGUCGUACGACGCCGUCGCCAGCGUCUUCUUCCUCGAUACGGCGCCCAACCUCAUUCGGUACCUCGAGGUCAUCUUCCACUGCCUCCGGCCCGGCGGCGUGCUCAUCAACGUCGGCCCCUUGCUGUGGCAUUUUGAAAACAAUGCGCCGGGCAAUCACGGGCACGAUGACGAUGGAGACGGGGAGCAUGACUUUAACAACUCGUCGGGCAUUGCUGAUCCCGGCAGCUUUGAGCUGAGCAACGACGAGGUCAUGGCGCUGGUGGAGAAGCUGGGCUUUGUGGUAGAGUCGAUGGAGAUGGGCGUCAGGGCGCCGUACAUUCAGGACAUGGAUAGCAUGUUGCAGACGGUGUACAAUGUGACGACGUGGGUGGCCCGCAAGCCGCCGGUGGACAAGGAAGCGAGCGGUUCAACAGACAAAGUAUGA